UGUCGGAAAAAAACACGCGGGGAAACGCCGUGAGCGCCCCCCCCACACCACCCCGAAGCUCGGUGGUGGGGUUCGGCCCGCCCGGUAACGCGAAUCGGCGGCAAAGCAGCUCAGCGGGACGGUGACGGAGUUCCGGCGGCGGCGCGGAAACUCACCCACGCGUGAGCAGGACGCGGCCCCGGCGGAGCCGCCAUGCCGGUGCCCGUGGGGGUCAUCCGCUUGCCGCGAGGGCCCGAAGGGCCGGGUCGGGGUUUCAGCCCCACAUCCCCCCGUUUCCAAGCGCUUCUGGGGGCUGAGGAGGCGGGGGGGACGACGGCCACCAUUCAGGGGGUACGGGCCAGCCUCCGGGAACGCUAUCUGCGGGGGCUGGGGGCCGCCCGGGGCCGCCCCACACAGUUCUGUUUACGGGCGGGGGUCCGCGUGGACGCGGUUUUUGGGGCAGCCGACGUGGAAGCCGUGGCCGUGCAGGUGGACGCGCUGCGGACCCCCCUGGGGGUGCAGGCGGCCGCGCUGCUGCGCUGCACCGACGUCCUCGCUUACUCCUUCCUCCUCGACUGACCGUUGGGUGGGGAAAAAAAAACCCAACAGAAAAAACAACCAAACCACACCCACCCCCCACAAAAUCAUUCCCCCAACUUCUUUUUUCCACCAGAAUUAUAAUUUCAACU